AGUCGGAAAACCCUCCAUUCCCGCGCCUUCUUCCCCAAACCCUAACCCUAACCCUUCCAACCCGGCCGCGCGAUGCCCUCGUCCUCUGGUCGCCGCCGCCGCGGCCGUCGAGGCACCCGCCGCCGACAGCGCUGUUCGACAAGGACCUGGGCAGAGCUGCCGCUGGUCGCGAUCUCGGCCAUUCUCCACAAGCUCGACCACAUCGAGAUCCUGAUGGGGGCCGGCCAGGUGUGCCGCUCCUGGCGCCGCGCCGCGCGCGACGAACCCGAGCUGUGGCGCCGCAUCGACAUGCGCUUCCACGCCGACCUCUUCUACCAGCUCAACCUCCACGGGAUGGCGCAGGCCGCCGUACGCUGCAGCAAGGGGCAGUGCGAGGCCUUCUGGGGCGAGUACGCCGGCGACGACGACUUCCUCCUCUACCUCGGCGACCAGGCACCAUCUCUCAAAAGUCUUCGACUCAUUUCUUGCUAUGAUGUUUCUAACGAAGGUUUCACAGUUGCGAUAGAGAAGUUCCCUUUGCUUGAGGAGCUUGAGCUUUCAUUGUGUUCAAAUGUGGGUGAGGGUGGUGUGUUUGGGGUUGUUGGCAAAGCAUGCCCGCAGCUGAAGCGCUUCAGACAGAGCAAGCAUUCAUUCUUUGAUUUUGAAGCCAGUGGCUACAAUAAGGACGAUGAAGCCCUGGGGGUUGCAACUAUGCAUGAGCUACGCUCUCUGCAGCUCUUUGGCAACAACCUCACCAACGAAGGACUGACAGCCAUCCUGGACAACUGCCAGCACCUGGAGUCCCUUGACAUUCGUCAUUGCUUCAACGUCAACAUGGACGACACCCUGCGAGCAAAGUGUGCCAGGAUAAAUACGGUGAGGCUUCCACAUGACUCAACUGCUGGCUACGAGUUUCAGGUUCAGGAACCUACGUGGUCACGUUACCGCAGUGACUCCCAAGGUGAAGAUGACACUGAUGCUGAUGAUAUGGAGUAUGGUUUUGACUAUGAUCUGGACUCUGAGGACUACGAUGACUACUGUGAUCCUUCCCGCUACCUUAAUGGCGUCUACGAGGAUGACCUUGAUGAAGAAGACAGGAUGGUUCUCAGGGCUAUGCGUGCGCUCAUGAAAUGAGCUUCAUCUGGAUGUUGUGAUAAAAGUGCUUGGAUAUUAAUGCCUUUUUGCUGAGCACUAGUGUUCCCUAGUCAUUCGCUGCUCCUGUUCAUGUGCCCCCUUUUGCUAGAAGAUCAGUACAAGUAAUGUUUCAUGUUGGUCACACAAUCUUGCAAACAUGCGUGGUUCACAAGUACGGCGUUAGUAGUACCUUGCAGUUUCGCUGGAGUCUGUUAUUAGCUGUACGGCUAAACACUAUGUUAUGUGGUAGUCAUCAGCCUAUUGAUUUGGUUAAUACUCCCCCGUUCCUAAAUAUUUGUCUUUAUAGAGAUUUUAACAAUCUAUACUCUAAAAUAUGUCUAUCUGUAUGUGGUAGUCUAUUUGAAAUUUUUAAAAAGACAAAUAUUUAGGAACAGAGGGAGUACUUGUGUAUGUGAUGCGUACCUUGUGUA